AGCAGUGUGUUCCCUUUCCUCUCACCCUCCUCUCUCCUCAACUGGGAUCCUCACUCGUCCUCAGAGCCUUACAGCAGCCGCAGACAUGGUGCUCCACCACAAAGAGUUCGCCAGUGCAGGCAAGGCAACCGGGUUGCAGAUUUGGAGGAUCGAAAACCUAGAGCUGGUCCCUGUGUCCGAGAGCUUACAUGGAAACUAUUACACCGGAGAUGCUUAUGUGAUUCUCAGCACAUUUGCACAGAGAAACAGCUUCUCCUACAACCUGCACUACUGGCUGGGAAAGGAGUGCAGUCAGGAUGAGAGCGCCGCUGCAGCUAUCUUCACUGUGCAGCUGGACGACUACCUGGGUGGAAAGGCGGUGCAGUACAGAGAACUGCAGGGGGUUGAAUCAACUGCCUUCACCAGCUACUUCAAGGGAGGAAUCACCUACAAAACAGGAGGUGUUGCCUCAGGAUUCCACCAUGUGGUCACCAAUGACCUUUCAGCUCAGAGACUCCUCCACAUCAAGGGCCGGCGCGUGGUCAGGGCCACCCAGGUCCCCUUCAGCUGGUCUAGCUUUAAUAGUGGAGACUGCUUCAUUGUUGACCUUGGAAAUAAGAUCUAUCAGUGGUGUGGGUCCAAGUGUAACCACUUUGAAAGACUGAAGGCAGUACAAGUGGCCAGAGGAAUCCGUGACAACGAGAGAAAUGGCCGCCCUGAAGUGGUGGUCAUAGAAGAGGGAAGUGAACCAUCCACAUUAACUGAUGUCCUUGGAGUGAAGCCAGAGCUGCCGGAGGGAGAUGAUGAUGAUGUGGCUGACAUGUCCAACAGGAAAAUGGCUAAACUUUACAUGGUAUCAGAUGCAUCAGGAUCCAUGAAAGUUACAGCUGUGAGAGAGGAAAACCCAUUUGACCAGAGUGACUUGCUAUCAGAUGAAUGCUUCAUCCUGGAUCAUGGCAAAAACAAGAUGAUAUUUGUAUGGAAAGGGCAUAAUGCCAACCCCGGUGAAAGAAAAGAGGCCAUGAAAACAGCUGAGGGCUUCAUCAAACAGAUGGGCUACCCCGCAAACACACAGAUCCAGGUGCUGCCAGAGGGAGGUGAGACUCCCCUGUUCAAGCAGUUCUUCCUGGUCUGGAAGGACAGAGAUCAAAGUGAGGGUUUCGGGAAGGUGUCUGUCAAGGAAAGAAUCGCAAAGAUCCAGCAGGUGGCGUUUGAUGUCUCUAAGCUCCAUGAGUCCCAACAAAUGGCAGCCAAGUACAACAUGGUGGAUAAUGGGAGUGGAGACACACAGAUCUGGAGGGUGGAGAGCAGUGGCAGAGUCCCAGUUGACACAAAGAGCUACGGACAGUUCUACGGUGGAGACUGUUACAUCCUCCUGUACACUUACGGGAAGAGGCAGAUCAUCUACACCUGGCAGGGAGCCAGCUGCACUUUGGAUGAGCUAACGGCCUCAGCAUUCCUGACUGUAGAGCUGGAUCGUUCACUUGGAGGAUCUGCAGUUCAGGUCAGAGUGUGCCAAGGUAAAGAGCCUCCACAUCUGCUCUGUCUCUUCAAAAACAAACCCCUCAUUGUUUAUAAGAAUGGUACGUCCCGCCACGGGGGCCAGGCCCCACCACCUCCAACCCGCCUUUUUCAGGUACGCCAGAAUCUGGCAACCAUCACCAGGAUCGCUGAGGUUGAUGCCAGAGCGACGAGUCUCAACUCGAACGAUGCCUUCCUCCUGAAGAUGGCUGAUGGGCGGGGCUACUUAUGGAAGGGCAAAGGGUCCAGUGAGGAAGAAGUAAAAGGAGCCAAGUACAUAGACAAAGAGCUCAAGUGCAGCAGCAACAGCAUCAUGGAAGGAAGUGAACCAGAUGAAUUCUGGAAUGCACUAGGGGGGAAGACAGAGUACCAGACCUCAGAAAGACUAGAGAGUCAGAUUAUGAGUCACCCUCCUCGUCUGUUUGGCUGCUCCAACAAGACCGGCAGGUUCAUAAUUGACGAGGUUCCUGGAGAAAUCACACAGGAUGACCUGGCGGAAGAUGAUGUGAUGCUGCUGGACGCCUGGGAUCAGGUGUUUGUCUGGAUUGGUAAGGACGCCAACGAAGUGGAGAAGAGUGAAUCGGUCAAAUAUGCCAAACAAUACAUUGAGACUGACCCGAGUGGCCGCGACAACCUUACUUCUGUGGUGGUGGUGAGACAAGGGCAUGAGCCCCCCACCUUCACAGGGUGGUUCCUGGCCUGGGACCCCUCCCACUGGGAAUCAGUCAGCUGGAGUUUGAAGUCUAUGACCCUUUAAUGCAGAUGUACAGUUCCAGCCAGAAACACUGAAAUAUCUUCCUUUAUGUAAUCAGUGUGUCAAAAGCAAUGAAUGCAAGAAUUAAAAUUAUCAAUCUUUUGUUGGCAA